AUGAAAUCCCCUAGAACAGCUUAUAAUGAUCCUAAUAAGGAUUUCAAGAAUCUACCUUAUGCCGACGAUUGUGGUGGCGUUCAUAUUAACUCUAGCAUUCCAAAUCACGCUUUCUACCUUGCUGCUACUUUGAUUGGAGGAUAUGCAUGGGAAGGUGCUGGUCCUAUUUACGGUAAGCUUCGAAAAAAUGCUGGCUUCAAGCACUUCGCUGAUGCUACAAUUGAGAAUGCUGGUGAUCAUGUGGAUAAGAUCAAGGAAGCUUGGAAGUUGGUUGGGUAUCCAUUUUCUACGAAGAGAGAUGAACUGUGA